AUGAAGUCCAAAGAGAUUAGGAGAGCGUACAAACGUACAAGUGAGAUACCAGGACCAGUGUCUCGAACCCCGUUACGCAUAGGAACAGCCGAAGAAGAAAAGAGAACUGAGGACACAUCAAUGCCUCAGGCAGAGGGAGAAACGAUGAGAGCAGGAGUAGAAAGAAUCAUAGCUGAGGAAGAAAGGGAGAGAGUACAACAAGAAAGAGAAAAAGAAACAAAACGAGAGGGAGCAAAGAAAAAGAAAGUUGAGAGGGAGAAAAAGAAAAAGGAGGGGGCAGAACGAGCAGAGCAAGAAAGAUUAACUAAGAUUGCUUGUGCUAGAGCAGAGGAGGAAUGGGCAGAAAAGGAUCUCCAAGUAAAAAUCGCUCGCCUAAGAGAAGAGGCCAAACAAAGAGUAGAAGAAAAGGCUCGUCAAACCUUGGUUCACUCCUCUAGUCCAAACCCAGGGGAUGACCAAGAUCACUACGACGAUGCUGCACGGUCUUCACAAGCGAGGGAAGUGAGGAUGAGGAGGAAGAGAGUGAAGAAGAAGAGAAGCGCCAUGAAUGCUCUGGGUGACAGACUCCUACAGAAGGUGGCAGACUUCACUGUGGAUUUUAAUAGCAAGGCCACAAUAGCAGUGAAGAACAUCAACGACACUCUGGCACGAUUCAACUACCGUUCAGACGACGAAGUGAGAAGCCAUUACAGUCGACGAACUCCUCAAGACCAUCGAGGAGAACCAUCAAAGAGGAGGCGACUUGACGAUGAUGAGGACCCAGACGAGUCUCAUCCUCAAAAUCGCCAAGAGGGGGCGAACUUGCCUACAACCACACUAAGUACAAUACCUCUAGAUGCCCCCUCUGCACCAUCGUCCUCUGCCCCAUGCCAACAAGGUCAAUCAAGGCAGAGUAGACAAAGCCAGCAAGUGGCAGACAAUGCAGAGGCACUACACAAAGGGAAAAUGCCCAUGGCAUCAGAGGCAGAGCCAGCCGGGCUACAAAAGACUACAGAAGUGAUCGACCUUCUAUCUGCCUAUAGAUCAGAUGACUCAGACUUGGAUCUGUCAUCUUCAACAGAGUACGCUAUGGACAUGGCUGCUCCCUCAACAACAACUCAACAAGAAGAAGAGGUGGUCGCCAUGAAUGUGGAUGAUCCGUCACUACUACACAUUCCGAUUGCCAUUCCUUUAGAAGAAGUAAUCAUUGCUGCUCCUCCACCACAUCCAAGAACCCACAGCGCUAGGGUCCCUGCAUAA